AUGAAUUCAAUAGAAAAUACUUCAACAUGUGAAAUAUCAGCGAAAUCGAAUCUGUUGAUUCGAUUGUCGGCUCCAUCGAACACGAUUCAAGCGAAAAAUCUUCGUGUUGAUACUUAUGCGUCGUUCUGGAUUCAACGUGAAAUGUUGUUCGAUCAAAUCCGAACGAAUUCGUAUCGUCGAGCGAUAUUGGACCAAGUUAAACAAGGCGACGUCGUUGUUGAUUUUGGUGCAGGAACAGGAAUUCUUUCCAUGUUUGCAGCUAAAGCUGGUGCGAAAAAAGUUUAUGCACUUGAAAUUACCGAUAUGGCCGAUGUUGCUGUUGAAAUGAUCAAAAGGAAUAAACUAGAUCAUAUCAUCACGGUUAUCAAACAAGAUGGAUCGACUGUACAAUUGCCGGAAAAAGCAGAUGUUUUAGUAUCUGAAUGGAUGGGUGGACUAGGUGUUGACGAAAAUUUUGUGCCACCAUUAUUAGCAACUCGGAAUAAUGUUUUAAAACCUAAUGGAAUUAUGAUUCCAGCGACUGCGAAAGGCUAUGCAGCGUUAGCAGAUGAUCCUUCAUUGACAACCAUUCUAUCGUUUUGGUAUUCGAAACCGUAUGAUCUAGAUUUAGAUAUGAUGGGUGAGUUUCAUGGCAAUACUGUUCUCAAUGCACGUCAUUCGGUCUUACCGGACCAACUUCUCAGUAAAGAAGAAGAGUUAUACGAAUUAAUUAUGAAAAGUGCCAACAAAAUCGAUGCAGACUUUUCUUUUUCUGGUGAAAGUCGCAUAAUCAAAGACGGUAGCUUGUCUUGUAUUGCUGCCUGGUUUCAAUGUGAUAUGGGUAAUCAGACAGUCUUAUCAAAUGCACCUGAUAAGCCAGCUACACAUUGGGGACGAACUAGUUUUCCUAUUUAUCCACCUAUUCCAGUUUCUGCCGGUCAAAUCGUUCGCUGGACCCUAUCUUCAAGUGGUGUCGAUCUGAUGAAAGCGAUUCAAUCAUGGUCGAUCCGCGUGCAUAUGCCAGAUGGAUCAGUUGUUGCGAGAAAAUUUUCUGGAACUCAGACGCCUGUUCAUUCAAGUUUGUUUCAUUAA